AUGGAUUACUCCGCUUCUAUACAUGAUGCUGACAAUCCAGCGGCCGCGUCUCCCUGGGGUUCAUCGCCUGCCGCUUCACCACGACAUACGAGAGAUAGCUCAUAUGGAACUUCUCCUGACAUUCCGCCAUCCCCAACUCCUUACAGCGUGAAUCCUGCCGGCAACGGAAGCUUUUCACCAGAAGACAGUAUGGGCGCAGAAAGCUACAAUAGGCCCGACAGUAGUGCUGGGACACCAUCUGUGAUUGAAAGUGAUGGACGUACAGCCGACUCAGGUAAGACACAAAUACCACAAGAACACACGCAACAACAUCGCCCCGAGCCUCAGAGGUAUCACCCUGCUGCGCGACAAUCGCAGCAACCACAAGCUCCACAAUACAAGCUUCAAGCCAAAAUCACUGGUCUCGAGCGGACUGGGAGAAAAGAUCCUAUCUUGAGAUUCGACGUUCAUACCAAUCUUCCAAAGUUUCGUACCACCCAAUUCCGUGAUGUCCGCCGAACCCAUUCCGAAUUCGUAAAGCUUGCGGACCACCUAAUAUCUUCGAAUCCAGAAGCUAUCGUUCCAGCGGUCCCUCCUGCGUUGACAUCUGCAGGGGCCGGCACCGAUGAAGAUGAAGCUCGAGUGAAGGCCUCGCUACAGAGAUGGUUCAACUACGUAUGUACGAAUGAAGUCUUGAUGAGGGAUGAUGAGAUGGUACUCUUCGUGGAGAGCGAUUUUGGUUAUAGCCCGAUGUUAAAGAGGAAGCAACCUGCAACUGGUGUGCGGAGAAGAGUGAUAAAACAAUUUGCACCUCCUCCUGAUGAUACACCAGAGCUGCAGAACGCACGACCAAUUGUGAAGCUCUUUUACCUCGAUGCUAUGGACGCAGGGCAUAAAGUUGACAAGCUCGUCAAAGCUCGAAGAGGUUUGGGACUUGCAGAGUCGGACUUUGGCGUUAAGCUUGGUUCCAUGAACGUUCAGGAACCACACCCAGGACUUGCCAACGCAUACCGAAAACUUGGCAAGACCAUCCAAACCACAGGCGACUAUCACGCCGCGCAAGGUACUGCGGAGGCUACAACUAUAGGUGACCCGCUUCAAUACCAUUCUCAAGAUGCAUUCAUUGUCAAGGAAACCCUCACGAAUCGACACAUUCUUCUGCGCGAGCUACUGCAGGCACAACAAUUGACAAGGAGCAAGCUAAAUGCAGCAGACAGGUUAAAGGCUAGUUCUUCCGUUCGACGGGAAAAGGUUGACGAGGCCAUCUCGGCAUUGGACGAAGCACGAAGCAAUGAGCUCUAUCUUUCUGGCAAGACUCAGCGAGUCACAGCGAACCUCUUGCAGGAGCAACGACGCUGGUUUUCCAGAACUGCAGGAGAUCUCAGACUCAGCAUCCGAGAGUAUGUGGUUCGAGAGAUUGAGGCAGAGCGACGCACGUUGGCUACCCUAGAAAUUAUCAGGCCCGAUAUCCGAGCAAUCGAUUCUUCCGGUGGCUUGAGUCGGCUAGGUCGCGAGGCGCACCCUGCAGCUCGUCGAGCGAGUGUUGCGGCUAGUCAGGGUCCCAAGGGAGAUGCAUGGAGUGGCGUUCCUCGACGGCCUGACGUCCUGAACAGAAGUAUAUCAGGCAGCUUAAUGUCAAACGUGGCAGAAGACGCAAAUGGGGAGGAUGAAGAGGUUCCUGGUCGAGCUAGAGCGCUCAGUGGUGGGAGUGUCGGUGGUCUCAAGGGUGUCAAAGAAGAAGAUGAUGAGGACAGAGUUGACGCAAGAAAUGCAGCCUCCAGACUCGCAACCAGCACUUUCUAG